AUGGGCAACUACACGGCAGAAGACUACAUUGAUAGUCCCGCUGUAUUCGAUGAGCAUCUUUAUCUGUCAAGACCAGUCACGCAAAUCUACGGAGCAAUCUCUCUUGGCCUCACUGGGCUCGUCCUCGGCUUGAGGCUAUUCAUUUUUCCGCAUCUCGUCUUCGAUUCUCUCAAAUCUUUCUGUUUCACGAGUCUCUCUUUAUUAUUCAUCUCGAUCACUCAACUCAUUCAAAAUGUUUGUCAGUUAUAUCAUGGAUAUUUAAUGGUCCAAGCUUUUGCCAAGAUCCCGUUAAUCACAAUGUACUCGUGCGCGAUUUUCUGUGCAGCGUGGCUCUGUCAAUCACUUCUUUAUCUAACCCUUGUUCCAGCAACAAUCGUUCAAACAAUCGGCUCCACAAAGCUCAAGGCGAGGACGGUGUUCUUGAUUUAUCUCUUAAUCUGCCUCUCCCUAACCCUUCUCUUCUUCGCUGCAAAUUAUCCACCAUUUCAUCAAUCGAUCCUUUACUUCGAUUUUCCUAUGUGGAUGAUCAAUGGGUUCAUACAGCUUCCCCUCACUUGGAUCUCUCUCCAACUCAAUCAUGCUCUCGACAUUUUUGUCGCUUUUGUAAUGCUCAUUUCACUCAUCAUUCUUCUCAUUUCAUGUCCAUUUACUGGAGAAAAAACUCAGCUAAUGAAUAAUAUUCGAAAAGAAGUUUUCUGGACGGCAAUUUAUUUUUGUGUGACAACGGCGAUCUCAAUCUCUCGUGGAUUCGUUAUCAAUGAUCAAAAUGCUGGGAAAUCGAAGGAUGGAGCCGCUCUUUGUUACCUAGGGAGUAUUCUUUGGGGCCUUGGGAAACCAGUGAUCUACAUGAUCGUUCAUCGAAAAAGCGUCUGUUUUCGAAAGUUAUUGCCG